AUGAACAUGUUGGAAGUAGAAGACGACAGCUUUCACGUCACACGUGAAGGCCACUCCCAUCGUCGUGACUCAGAAUGGGAGAUAGUCGGCCGCAUGAGUGUGCUCAUGGGCGAACCCGUCAUCAGUGGUAUGUUGGAGUCUCUUAACAGAGACCAGCAACAUGCUGCUAUCAACAAGUUCCGACACGGGGAACUUUCCGUCGAAAGAAAGAAAAUAGCCUUGCUACAGCAGCUAGGCUCCUAUAAGUCGAUGGGUGGGCCGACGCACAUGUGUCGACGCGAAACCUUGAAGAUUGAUAUCUCAAGGUACAAGGGAACCGAUGAAGAUUCCUUUUUGAGAUGGUUCGUCGAGUUUGACGAUGCCUUCUGGGCCCGUCACAUCGAGGGCGACGGCAUGAAAGUCACCUUCGCCCUGUCAAAUUUAACGGGACGAGCAAAGACUUGA